AUGCCCCUGGAAAAAUUGGCGUUAACCCUCGUUUUCGCAUCCCGAAGGCUCAGAAGGUACUUCCAGGGACACAAGAUCACUUUGAUGACCGAUCAGCCCCUCCAGAAGGUGCUCAAGAGGCCAGAACUGUCCGGACGACUGGCUAAGUGGGCCGUAGAGCUGGGAGAACACUCCCUGGAGUUCAAGCCCAAAACAGCCAUAAAGGGACAAAUAUUGGCCGACUUUUUAGCAGAGGUCCCGGAGGACGAAGAAAAAGAACUCCAGAAAUGGGAGGCCUUAGAAAGAAAAGAGAAAGAGGAAGAAGACAAGGCUGUGUGGAAAAUAUUCACAGACGGAGCCUCUAGCGAGGAAGGAAGUGGAGCGGGCAUCACCUUGGUAAGUCUUGAGGGGGUUGAGUUGACUUAUGCCAUAAGAUUAGAUUUCGAAAACACCAACAAUACCGCAGAGUAUGAAGCCCUUCUGGCAGGGAUGAGGCUAGCACAAAAAAUGAAAGCAAGACAUGUGGAAGCCAGCACCGAUUCACAGCUGGUGGUUAAACAAUACCAAGGGGAGUAUGAAGCCAAAGACAACAUCAUGGCUCAGUACGUGGCAAAAGUAAAGGAAACAGCUGAAGCAUUCAAAACCUUCAUGUUAGAAUACAUCCCCCGAGGGAGAAACAGAAAGUCUGACGCCCUCAGUAAGCUGGCCUCAGUAGCAAUCGACCAUCUUGCUAGGGAAGUUAAAGUGGAAGUCCUGACCUCUCCUUCCCUUAGCACGAAGGAGGUGGCUGCAGUUGAAAGUACUCAGGAAACAUGGAUGACACCAAUUAUAAAGUUCCUCAGAGACGGAACCUUUCCGGAGAGGGAGUGGGCAGCCAGAAAGGUAAGGGUCAAGGCCCUGCAGUAUGAGUUGAUUGAUGGGGAGUUAUACCGAAGAUCAUACCUAGGCCCAUCCCUGAAAUGUGUUGAUAUGGAAGAGGCUGAGUAUGUGAUCAAGGAGAUGCAUGAGGGGAUUUGUGGAAUGCAUUCGGGGCCAAGGACGAUAGUAACAAAGGCGAUGAAUGCGGGGUUCUAUUGGCCACGAAUGUAUGAAACGGCAUCCGAGGAGAUUAAGAAGUGUGACAAUUGUCAGGUACAUGCACCGAUGACCCAUCGACACAAACACCCCAUGAUACAAUUCUCAACGUCCUGGCCCUUCCAAAAGUGGGCUAUCGACAUAAUCGGGCCAUUCCCGGAAGGUGCAGGAGGAGUCAAGUAUGUGGUAGUGGCCAUCGAUUAUUUUACCAAAUGGAUCGAGGCAAAGCCCUUGGCAAAAAUAACUGGGGAACAGAUGAGGCGGUUUGUAUUAGACAACAUCAUCUGCAGAUACGGGGUCCCAAAGGAACUAGUGAGUGAUAAUAGCGUCCAAUUUGCUGGAAGACCUUUUAAGCCGUGGUGCGAGCAGAUGCACAUCCAACAAGUGUUUACCUCCGUCACUCAUGCCCAAAGUAAUGGAUUAGUAGAAAGAGCUAACCAAAGUGUCAUCAAGGGAAUGAAGGGAAGACUCGGGAGAAACAAAAAGGAUGGCUGGAGGAACUACCAUUCGUGUUAUGGGCAUAUAGGACCACUCCUAAAGAUUGCAAUGGGGAAACUCCUUUCAGCCUAA